CCCUGCCUCCAGCCUCGGGCUGCGCACCGUCUGCUGGAUCUGCGAGCGCCGAGCACAGCGGCCAGACCGGACCUCGCUGCCCGGGGCACCAUGAGCCGCAGCCUGGACGCGGCGCGGAGCUUCCUGCAUCAGUUGGAGGCUCGGGGCGGCCGGGAGGGGGCGGUCCUCGCCAGCGAGUUCAGAGACAUCCGGGCCCGCUCAGCCGCCUGGAAGACUGACAGUGUGUGCUCCACUGAGGCUGGCAGUUUGCCAGGGAACGUGAGGAAGAACCGCUACAAAGAUGUGCUACCCUAUGAUCAUACACGAGUGAUCCUCUCCCUGCUGCAUGAGGAGGGCCACAGCGACUACAUCAAUGGCAACUUCAUCCGGGGCACAGAUGGAAGCCAGGCCUACAUUGCCACGCAAGGACCUCUGCCUCACACCUUGCUAGACUUCUGGCGCCUGGUCUGGGAGUUUGGGGUCAAGGUGAUCCUGAUGGCUUGUCGAGAGAUGGAGAAUGGACGGAAAAAGUGUGAGCGUUACUGGGCCCAAGAACAGGAACCACUACAGAUUGGGCUUUUCUACAUCACUCUGACAAGAGAGACAUGGAUGAAUGCAGACAUAAUUCUCAGGACCCUCCAUGUCACCUUUCAGAAGGAAUCCCGUUCUGUGUACCAGCUGCAGUAUAUGUCCUGGCCAGACAGAGGGGUCCCCAGCAGUCCUGACCAUUUGCUUGCUAUGGUGGAGGAAGCCCAUCGCCUACAGGGCUCUGGCCCCAGCCCCUUCUGUGUCCACUGCAGCGCUGGCUGUGGGCGGACAGGUGUCCUGUGCUCUGUGGAUUAUGUGAGGCAGUUGCUCCUGACCCAGAUGAUCCCACCCAACUUCAGCCUCUUUGAUGUGGUCCUUGAGAUGCGCAGGCAGCGGCCUGCGGCAGUGCAGACAGAGGAGCAGUACAGGUUCCUGUACCAGACUGUGGCUCAGAUGUUUUGCUCAGCACUGCAAAAUGCAGGUCCCCAGUACCAGAACCUCAAAGAGAAUUGUGCCCCACUCUACGAUGAUGCCUUGUCCCUCGGGAUUUCUCAAGCCCUUCCUGCCACAAUUCGAGCACCAGGCAGCGUCCUCAGGAGCAUCUCGGUGCCCGCGCCCCCGGCCCGCGCCAUGGCCGACACGUACGCGGCGGUGCAGAAGCGCGGGGUCCCCAGCGCGGGCGCGGACGGAGCGCCGAUCUACAGCCAGGUGACGCCGCGCGGGCGCCGGCCCCAGGCUCCCACGGACGACGCGCGGCGGACACCGCCCGGGCCUGUUCCGGUUGAACAGAGGCCUGCUGGGCCCGGCGCCUAUGAGGAUGUGGCUGACAGAGCUCAAAGCAGUGGGCUAGGCUUCAACCUGCGCAUUGGAAGGCCUAAAGGGCCCCGGGACCCUCCUGCCGAGUGGACCCGGGUGUGAGUGUUGCACCCCACCUGCCUGUUGCCCCACAGGGGCUUCUGGACAGCUGACAGCCAUUCUCUGCUGUGUGAAGUGCUGGGAAGGGGAAUGUUGGACCUGGAUUAAAAUAAAAGUUUCUCAGGGUUGGAAA